GGCUUGACCUGGAUCCCACAGAGGCAAAAGUGGAUAAAGAGAAGAACAAAGGGAUGGCAGGGCAGCCAUGAAGGAAAUCUUUGGAGCUUUUAAAUGCAAUUUCGAGACAAGCAAUGUAAAACAGACCGGAAACUGUGUUGUUGUUUUCUCAGUUGACUUAGUCUUCUCUAACCUCAUUAAAUUUUACCAGGAAAAAAAGAAAAAAGAAAAAAGAAACUUACCGGAAACAGCAGCGGCCUUUUACGCAUCAGGGAAGAAGUCAGAACCCUUGACACCGACCCUUUAGAUGCCCUUCUCCACAACACUCCAAACAAGAAAUUAAUCUCCAAUCCCUUCACACUCACCAACUAGAUAUUUUCGACGGUUGUCCAAAAUGUAAAGGAACACGACAAGUAGCUGAAACCAAGAAGCACUUGUGUUCCAGGUCCUCGGUCUUUGUUAAUGUAUAUUACUUGUAGAUCCCGUCCAAGAAGAAUUUAACCAUGGAGGAGGAAACUUCUUUUGUGGAAUUUUCAGUCAGUCUUCCCAGUUCUUGAUUCUCUUCUUCAGGUUCAUAGUCUUAUUCGUUUCUUUUACCUCUGGAUUCUGAAUUUUCUUGCUUUUGAAUUCUUGUUCUAGUACAUAAGACUAGCUGUGUACGUGUUUGUGUGUGUAAAUAUAUAGACAACCACGUGUGUGUGUGUGUGUGUGUGUCUUGUUAUUUUCAGGCUCAGUUUCUGUUCAGUUCUUUUGAUUUCUUAGUACCUACACACUUCCUCUGUCAAAUUCUGUAGAUUUCUUGAGUUUUGGUUGGUCACUUCUAUAGUUACAAACCUUAAAUACUCUCUCUCCACAUACCUGAUACAAGAAAGAAAUGGAAAAUCCUGAUAGCAGAAGCAUUUCUGAGAUUGAAUCAGAGCAACAUGCCUCAACAGAAGAGGUGCUAUCACUUGCUAAGAACUCAGAAUUCGAUAGAGAAAUAUUUACUGAAUUUGCAGUUCUACUAGACAAGUUCACACCGGUUCUUGUAGCAAUAAAGGAUAAUGAGAAACUCAUGGACAGACCGCCAGUCAACAAGGGAGUUGAAUCCAUAGAGAAAGAGCUUACUCGAGCUAAUAAAUUAAUUGAAGGAGCUUGUUCAAGAUCACCCAUUAAGCAAAUUGAGGUUGUUACUCGAGAACUUGGGAGAUCAUUAGGCCUUGUGCUUUUUGCAAGCAUUGAUGCAUCCACAGAAGUUAAACAAGAUAUUGCAGCAUUGCACAGAGAAUUGAUGAAUGUGAAGUUUGAUAUCAGUUUUACACCAAGUCCAAGUCCAAGUCCAAGUCUCGGCUCAAGCCCUCGUGUAAUUCAUGGUCCAAGACCAAGCAAAGAAUCCGGGUUCGUAAGUGAGCAGGGCGCUUUUAUUAAUGAAAUUGAGGAGGAAAAGAUUAGUCUUAGCAUUGAUGAUGUAGUGUUACAACUCAAGUACGGUAAUGAUGAAGAAUUCAGGCUUGCACUUUUGGUCUUAAGUGAUUUUAUUAGGGAUCAGGUAAUUGAUAAAGAGUGGAUCCAUGAAGAAGAUAUUAUUCCAAUUCUGUUUAAUCGGCUAGGCUCGAGCAAGCCUCACAACAGGUUAACUAUCAUCCAGAUACUGAGAAUUCUCGCCUUGGACAAUGAUGAAAACAAGGAGAAAAUGACAGAUGUAGUCUGCUUGUCAGGGUUGGUGAAAUCUUUGGCGCGUGAUGCCGAUGAAGGGAGGGAAGCUGUAGGACUGUUGUCAGAACUCUCAGAUAUUUCUGCAGUUAGGCGACGAAUUGGAAGAAUUCAAGGAUGUAUUGUUAUGUUAGUCACCAUGCUUAAUGGGGAUGAUCCAACUGCUUCUCGUGAUGCAGCAAAGUUGUUGAUUGCACUGUCAAGCAAUACUCAAAAUGUGCUUCAUAUGGCUGAGGCUGGUUACUUCAAACCUCUAGUUCAUUGCCUGAAUGAAGGCUCUGAUAUGAGCAAGAUCCUCAUGGCAACAGCAGUUUCAAGGAUGGAGCUCACAGAUCAGUGCAGAGCCUCCCUUGGUGAAGAUGGGGCAGUUGAACCCCUUGUCAAGAUGUUUAAAUCUGGAAAACUUGAAGCCAAGUUAUCUGCUUUAAAUGCAUUACAAAAUUUGUCGAACUUGACAGAAAAUAUAAAACGUUUGAUCAGUUCAGGUAUUGUAUCACCCCUGCUCCAGCUACUGUUCUCCGUGACAUCUGUCCUUAUGACACUCAGGGAGCCAGCUUCUGCAAUACUUGCAAAGAUUGCUCAAUCAGAAAAUAUUCUGGUUAAACAAGACGUGGCCCAGCAGAUGCUCUCGCUUUUGAAUCUUUCCAGUCCAGCGAUUCAGUAUAAUCUUUUGCAAGCUCUAAAUAGUAUCGCAUCCCACUCUAGUGCAUCCAAAGUAAGAAGAAAAAUGAAGGAAAAUUGUGCAGUCCAGCUUCUUUUACCCUUUCUGACAGAAAGCAACAUCAAAAUCAGAAGUGCUGCAUUAAAUUUGCUUUACACCCUUUCUAAAGAUUCACCAGAAGAGUUCAUGGAACAGCUUGGAGAAUCCUAUCUUAUCAACAUAGUGAAUAUCAUCUCAUCAUCAACAUGUGAGAGUGAAAAAGCUGCCGCAAUCGGCAUAGUAAGCAAUCUUCCUGUUAGCAAUAAAAAAUCAACAGAAGUACUGAAAAAGUUACAUUUUCUGCCCAUUCUGAUCUCUCUAAUGAGUUCAGGUGCAUCAACAUCAACAUCAACAAAAACAUGGUUAGAAGAGAGCAUUGCAGGCGUACUUAUUCGCUUUACCAUUCCUUCUGAUAAGAAAUUGCAGCUUCUUUCAGCAGAACUAGGGGUGAUUCCUAUCCUUUUGAAGCUGCUAGCAAGUGAAUCAUCAGUAGCCAAGUGUAGAGCAGCAAUCUCACUCGCCCAACUAUCGCAGAACUCAGUAGCUCUUCGAAAGUCCAGAAAAUCACGGUGGACAUGUAUGCCUCCUUCCGCAGACACUUUCUGCCAAGUCCAUGAUGGCUAUUGUGUCGUUAAAAGCACAUUUUGUUUGGUCAAGGCCGGUGCUGUCCCUCCACUGAUCCAAAUAUUGGAAGAUGAAGAGAGGGAAGCUGAUGAAGCUGUCCUCAACGCCCUCGCAACUCUCUUGCAAGAUGAAAUCUGGGAGAGUGGAAGCCUCUACAUGGCCAAAACGUCUGCUGUCCAAGCCAUAAUAAGAGUGUUGGAAUCAGGAACUGUAAAGGCUCAAGAAAAAGCACUAUGGAUAUUAGAGAGAAUUUUUAGCAUUGAAGAACACAGAUCACAAUAUGGAGAAUCUGCUCAAGCUGUCCUCAUCGAUCUUGCACAAAAUGGCCAUCCAAGAUUGAAACCCACAGUUGCAAAAGUAUUGGCACGGCUUCAGCUAUUGCAAGAUCAAUCUAGUUACUUUUAAGCAGUGUUAUUAAAUCUGGUCCGGAUUGGGUUUCAAGAAAAAACAAGUAGCAGUUGAUCCAAUCAAACUUAGAUUAUCGGGUAGAUCAACUCACAACUCAAUCAUUAAAAAAAAAUCAAAAUUAAUAUCUCUGUAUUCAAGAGAGAAUUUACAUCGAGUGAGUAUUAUGUCGUGCAUGUCAUUUUUUUUUUAAUGAUUUUAUACACAUUAUUUCAUUCACUUUUAUUCCCUUGAUGUAUUUAGAAAUAAUCUUUUUGUAUGGAUUAAGCAAUUAUUUUUUGAUAUUAUAAAAAUUAUGGUUCUGAUUUCUGUA